CGUUAUGAUCAACCUUGUUCCCAGGGUUUUUUAAUUUCUUCCUUAUGUCCUUCCUUUUUUAUGAAAAACCUAAAGAACCCUGAGGACGAAGUAGCAAUAUGAUGUAUGUCAGCAUAAAUAAGUUGUCAUUUUGAACGUUGAUUUUCAAACUUGAAUUGUAUAAUAAAACACGAAACAGUGAAGCAAAAGAAAAAGAAAACAAAGAAAAGAUGGCUUCCAAAACACAAAAUGGCGAAGAUAAAAUAUUAAUUAAAGAAAAACAAGUUGGUGAGGAAAAGUUGGAACAAACAGAAGAAAGAGAGACAUGGGGAAACAAAAUUGAGUUUAUUCUUACUUGCGUUGGGUACUGUGUUGGACUUGGAAACGUGUGGAGAUUUCCAUACUUGGCUUUCAAAAACGGCGGAGGAGCGUUUUUAAUACCAUAUUUUAUUAUGUUACUACUGUGUGGAAUGCCAUUGUUUUUGAUGGAAUUGGCGCUUGGUCAGUAUUUUCGAUUUGGACCUGUUAGCACGUGGAACAUUGCCUGUCCAAUUGCUAAAGGAAUUGGGUUUGCGAUGAUAGCAGUGGCAUUUUUAUGUACAGUAUACUACAACGUCAUUGUGGGAUGGGUUUUAUAUUACAUGUAUGCCUCCAUGAGAAAAGAAGUACCCUGGAAAUAUUGUAAUAAUGAGUGGAACACAAACAGAUGUGUUCAAGGAACUAGAAAAGAGUUUGAGUGGUCUUGUCCACCCAGCAACAAUACAUCUAACAUAACAAAUACAAUAAACUUCACAAAUGUGGCCACAACUGCAUCCAGUGGAAUAAUUAAUACGACACUUUGUAACAAAACAAAACUACUGCUUAAAUCACCAAGCGAAGAGUACUGGGAACGACAUGUGUUGCAAAUCACUGAUGAGCUCAGCGAUAGUGGCACGAUUCGUCCAGAAUUAUUUGUCUGUUUGAUCGUAGCAUGGGCAUUAGUUUUUCUGUGCUUAUUCAAAGGUAUAAAGUCGUCAGGAAAAGUUGUGUACUUCACCGCAACAUUUCCUUACAUCGUUAUGUUUAUAUUAUUGGUAAGAGGCGCCAUGUUGGAUGGAGCUAGUCUGGGGGUAGAAUAUUAUCUGAAACCAGAUUUUUUUAAACUUGGAAAUGCGGAAGUGUGGGUAGCCGCAGCAACACAGAUCUUCUACUCCUUAGGUAUUGGCUUCGGCUCUCUCAUCGCGUUUGGAAGUUAUAACAAAUUUAACAAUAACGUUGUCAGAGACGCAGUGGCACUGUCGCUGGUAAACUGCUUCACAAGUGUGUUCGCUGGACUUGUCGUAUUUUGUGUUCUAGGAAACAUGGCUUACAAAACUGGAAUGGACAUCGAGCAGGUUGCAACAUCAGGCCCCGGAUUGGUUUUUGUGGUGUACCCAGAAGGAUUAUCAAACAUGCCUAUCUCUCCGCUAUGGGGGAUUCUAUUUUUCUUCAUGAUCCUUACAAUUGGACUUGACACGCAGUUCGCAAUGUUGGAAGCCGUCAUCAUUGGGUUUGUGGACGAAUAUAAAAUUUUAGGGAAGAAGAAGGUCUGGUUUACAUUGGCAGUUUGCAUUUUGGCGUGUUUGUUUGGUAUCUCCAUGGUGAUGCAGGGCGGCAUGUACGUUUUGAAUCUUUUCAACUGGCAAUCAGGGGGCGUAUCGUUGCUGUUUUUGGCAUUUUUCGAAGUAAUAGCUGUGGCGUAUGGAUAUGGCGCAGAUCGGUUUGAACGCGAUUUAGAGGUCAUACUGGGUAGAAAACCUUUAAUAUGGUGGAAAUUAUGUUGGAAAUAUUUUUCGCCUGCGAUCAUCUUUGCCAUAUUUUUGUCCAGUUUAAUCCAAUGGAAAGGAGUCACUUAUAACUCGUAUCAGUACCCAGCAUUUGGAGAAUUUAUUGGUUGGAUGCUGGCGUUAUUUUCCAUGGCUUGGGUUCCCAUUAUUGCAAUUUUCAAGUUGGUCAAAUCUGAAGGUACCCUUGUAGAACGUUUUAAACAAUUAUCAAGACCAGAUGAGGAACUUUUACGACAAAUCGCAGCUGAACGUAACGAAGAUAUAAUGUUAGAAGAAAAAAUUUAGGUUAAUAAAUUCUGACAACGAUAUUGAGUAAGUUUUGAGAAAAAAACUAUAUCCCUGACAAAAUAUAUAACGAUAUAUACUGCGUUGACUUAAAAACAGCUAGAUUUCUCGUUUCUAAAAUUAUCAUACAAGAUAGUUUAUAUAAACUGAUUCUCUUUGUUUCUUACAUAGAAAAAGAAGAAAAAAGGUUUUCCUUUAUGCUUCUGAAAAAAAAAAAAAAAAAAAAAAAACACUUUUCGUUGCGCCAAAAAAAAAAAGAAACAAGUAUACAUUUGUAAAUAGCCUAAAAGCAGCUUUACCAGGCGCAGAAUAAUAGCAGCGACAGUAACCGCCAUUUUUUUUCUAAUGGCUAUGGCCUAUACUAGUAUAACAUGCCGUACACGUAAACACCUGUAUAUAGUAUUUUAAAGUGUAUAUUAUAAAAACAACAGGUACAUAUUUAGUUUGAUGCUUAAGUAAGAAUAUAUUCUAACUUUAAAA